AUGAUUUUUACUAGAUCUCUCUAUGAUAAUUUGGUGAGCUUUAAUUUGAUGAACGUUCUGUAUGAUGCUUUCGGGGAUAAAGUUAAAGCGUUAUUUCAGCAUCCACACGAAAUUGAGGAUCCUCCCAUGGCCCCUACACAAUCUACUUCAUGCGACCUUCCAGUUGAUCCACCUCCUCCUAGAACAACUAUAAUUAUCGAUAGAUUUGAAAAGGAACCUGAACUACAUCAUGUGGAAGUUGAAACACAAAUCCAUGAAGAAGAUGAUGAAGAUCUUAAUGAUGAUGUGGAGUUUUUGAAAGAGAUAUAUUUCACCGGGAUUAGUGAUGAUAUCGCUACAAACAUCGAACACGAUCUUGACGAUGACGAGUUUGGUCCAAUUCCGGGGUUUGACAACGACUGUUUUAGAAAGGUCAAUGAAGUUGCUUCUUCAGCAACCAAGACUGGGGAAGACAAUAAUGUUCUCAAGAUUUUUCUCUCCUCUUCCAAGACUUUGGAGAUUCCUUCAUGUCAAAGAGAUGUGAAUUCAAAGAUUCCUCCCUCUAUUUCAACUAUCUCUACUUCUGCUCCGCUUAUUAUUGAAUCCUCUCAACCCCAAACCUCCCAGUCUUCCUUAGAAAAAAGUCAAUCAAAUACAAGUAUGAAGGUGCCCAUUGUCAGCCAUGAACCUCAGGUCUUUUCCACUGUUACCACUACUACUGUUUUCACCCCACCAAUACAAUCAGAUGAAGGUGCAAGCACAAUGUUUGAGACAGGUGGUUCAUCCUCUAACCCAAAAUAUUCUCCUACAAGACCAUCACUGGAUGAUGCCUCAAUCAGAUUGGCUAAGAACCUUCCUCAACACAGUCCAACCUCUUCCUCUCGUGCCAAAGGUAUAUCUUUCACAGAAGAGCAUUCAGGUGAUGACAAGUCUACUGUGUCAGAACUUCGAGAAGCGAUUGGUGUUCUCAGGCAAGAACUAAUUGAAAAGAACAUCUAA